AUGUCGCCGUCACCCCACGACAAGAGAUUUCCAUCCCGCCUCACCGUACCAACGAUCCACGUUUGCCUGGUCUCUUCGCAAGCCAUGGCGAAAGUGAAGACGCCCAAGCGCAGCGGCGCAUCCUCGACCCCGUACGAACGACCCUCGAAAUCCGCCGCCGCCGCCGCCGCCGCCGCCAAGAACAACGUCUUCAAGUUCAACACCAAUGUCGGCCAGCACAUUCUCAAAAACCCCGGUGUCUCCGACGCCAUUGUCGAAAAGGCCUUUCUCAAACCCACCGACACCGUCCUUGAGGUCGGCCCUGGUACCGGCAACCUGACAGUCCGCAUCCUCGAGCGCGCCAAGAAAUGCAUAUGCGUGGAACUCGACCCCAGGAUGGCGGCUGAGGUGACGAAGCGUGUGCAGGGCACGCCGGAGCAGAAGAAGCUCGAGGUGAUGCUCGGCGACGUGAUCAAGACCGAGUUGCCUGCCUUUGACGUCUGCAUUUCAAAUACCCCCUAUCAAAUCUCCUCGCCUCUCGUGUUCAAACUCCUCGCCAUGCCCAACCCUCCACGAACCUCCGUCCUCAUGUUCCAGCGCGAAUUCGCCCUCCGCCUCACCGCCCGGCCCGGCGAGACGCUGUACUGCCGUCUCUCUGUCAACGCGCAGUUCUGGGCCAAGAUCACGCACAUUAUGAAGGUCGGGAAGAACAACUUCCGGCCCCCGCCACAGGUCGAGUCCAGCGUCGUGCGCAUCGAGCCCAAGAUCGGCAAGGACAGGCCCAACAUCAGCUGGGACGAGUGGGAUGGCGUGCUGCGCGUCUGCUUUGUGCGCAAGAACAAGACCCUCCGCGCCAACUGGCUCGGCACCAAGGAGGUUGUCAGCAUGGUGGAGCGGAACUACCGCACGUGGUGCGCCAUGAACGGCGUCGCCGUCGACGAGAGCAUCGUGGAGGACGGGGACGACGCGGUCGGCGACGAUGUGGAUAUGGAGGCUGAUGGGGACGCGAUGGCAGUGGACGAGGAUGAGGAGGUGCCUGAUUUCUUCAAGGAGCGGCAGCAGCAGAGCAGCGUGCCCAAGACCAAGAGCAAGCGCAAGAAGACCAGGGUCCACGAGCUGGUCCGCGAGAAGAUCCGCAAGGUCCUCGAGGACGUGACCGAGUUGGCGGACAAGCGCGCGGGCAAGUGCGACGAGACGGACUUUUUGCGGCUGCUGCACGCUUUCAACGAGGAGGGCAUUCAUUUCUCAUAA